GUAAGAGCGAGUACCCGUCUACACAAACAACAACACGACAUAAACUCUCACACCAACGAAACACCGGUUUCAGUGUCUCUGUGACUGUGAAGUCUGAGAAGAGUAAGAAGAGCAAAAACGAAGAACACAACCCCGGCCCUGGUGUAAUAGGGGUUUGGAACCUCAGGCACAGGCAGCUACAACCGACCCAAGCGACGAUAUCAGCUAGUAGUAAAGAUGGGGUCGAUUGUUGGCAAAGCAAUGGACGAUAACAUGAAGAAGCAACAAGAAUUUAUGCUUGCCACUCAGCGUCUUGCGAUGGAGCGCCAAAUCCAGAUGCAGAAUCAAAUGAGGGAGCGAAUGAUGGCAAUGCAGAUUGCCAAAUCACGAGAGUUCUUCUGGUGGUGGGCAGCCUUUUAUAGUUUGGCCGCCCCUGCAAUGAUGAUCGGUGCAAAGCGCCAAGGAAACCACGCGAUAGCUGUACCAUUAGUUCCCCUGACAUUUGUUGUUGGCUAUUUAGCAGACAUGGCAUAUGGCAACAAACUUGAAAGGAUACGACAUGAAGCAGAGAUAAUUCUUCAGGAUACUCCGGAUAUGUUGACACUACCCAGCGGUACGCCGACAUAUAACACCAUAGAGAGAGCGAGACUCGCACAGAAGGAUGCUCAAGAGUUGGAGUCGAAGAACGAGCUUUUCCUUUAAGACUAAUGAAGCUUUCAUAGUUGACCUAAUGCUGGAAUUGGACACAUCAUUAACAAAUAAGUCAAUUUAUUAUUCCUCGAACUAUCAGACAAAUAUUUGGCGUUACAAUUGGGACUUCAGUAUUUUUCAUAUGAAUGGUUUUGAUCAGUUUCAUGUUGGAGUUUCUUAGCCAAAAAUGGAAGAAAUUGUUGAUCCAAGCAGUUAAUUUUUAUUUAAUGAAUAACUGGAAUUAUUGUCUGAGAUCUGUUCAGGUCUGUGCUUCCAUUCUCGUCUAUCUCCUUAAUGGACCCUAGCUAGUAUUCUAGAGUUGUUCUAGGCUAGUGUGCUCAACUAAUUAUAUCAGUGUUAACUCUGUUGUGUACCGAAUUAAUUACAGCUAGUGCUGUUGACAGUGUUACUGUGGGCUUGAACUGAAGUUGCAUAAAAUUUGCACCUGAGAUACUCAAUGAAAGCACCACCAUUACUUUAGCUUGUUAAUACCUAUAAUAUCUAGUAUGCACAAAAUGUCUUGUUACUUUUAUAACAAAGAUGGGUGUUACUAUUUUAUUUGUAUUCGAUCUUAAAAUUAGCUCAAUUUAUUCUGCUGCACUGAUCACAGAGAACCUACAAAGUAUAUCAGCAGGAAUACGUCUAGCUAUAGUUACUAUUAGCAGUCGUGUAUGUAUUUUUACUAGUCACCUUUAGUAUUUGUGGAAACAAUACGUGUGCCUAUAAGUGUUACAUCUAUCUAAUCUAUCUAUCUAACAAACAUGUAGGAAAGAAAUAUUAGAUAUUACAUGAUGUGUAUAGAAUAGAAUGUCAGGUGUCAGAUGUGUAUAGUAACAUAUUCACACAUUUGAUUAAAAUGUGUGAUCAGUUGGAAACAUUGUUUCAUGUACUAUAUUGAAGCACCAUGUGUGUAAACUAAUAGAUCAAAGGUGGCUGUAGUAAGAUCAGGAGUAAACUUUAACUUCCAAAUUACUAUUUAGUUAUUUGAAAAGGACUUGGACCACUUUCACUCCUGCUACCUUUGAUCAGUGACAGCAAGAUCUGUCACUAAUCAUUGCUGUGAGUGACGAAUUGUGUCAACAAGUUUAGUAACUUGUCUGCCAUACUACACUACACAUGAAUUUAGUACAGUAACAAACAAAUGUUAGACUGAAGACUAAUACAGGGUCCCCACAGCCUUUGAAAGUUCUUGAAUUUUGUCCUUUGUCAUUGAAAGUCCUUAAUUUUUCCCUUUGUUAUUGAAAGUCCUUGGAAAUAGGUCUAAGUCCUUAUUUUAUGUCUAAUGUCCUGGAGUUUUACAUUUUUGACCUAAAAUAAAAAGUAAAUCUUCAUUGCUGGUUAUCUAACUGACCCUUAAGUCUUCGAUAAAAAAUUCACAUGUCAUUGUCUACUAAUGUACUCUACCAAAGUAGUUUGUUUUGUCUCUAAUUUUCACGUGCAGAUGGUGUAGCGGUCUAGACUACAAGUUCGUCAUUUUAAUAUUUAUUUAUUCCUCCGUGUUCAUAUUUUCCUACACAAUUGUGUCAAUUUGUGUGUAAUUUGUGUGUAGGAAAAUACACUGAUCUAUAAAUAAAAAAUUAUAAUAGUCAGCAUAUAGAAUUACGAUCCCUACCCAUGCACCCAUGACUAAAAAGGGUAAAUAAACUAGUUUUAGCAGAUACUGUUCUGUGAAUUUUGGAUUAAAUUUAA